AUGGCUUCGCCCAAUCAAAACAUAGACCAGUUCAAGGUCCUCAUCGCUGGCGGGAGUCUCGUGGGUCUCGGCCUAGCCCUAGCUUUCGAGCGCGCCGGAAUCGACUAUGAGCUCUUUGAGAAAGGAGAGUUCGCAACGCAACUGGGAGCUUCUAUUGGCAUUCACCCGCAUACCAUAAGAAUCCUAGAGCAGUUGGGAGUAUGGGGAGACAUUGAGAAGCAGGUGAUACCUCUGCAGGAUCGGAACCAUUAUGACGGCAAUGGUUACUGCUUUGAGGAGUCACAUGUGCUAGUCAACAUCCACGAAAUUCUCAAGCGCCCCAUUAUUUUCAUGGAGCGGUGUAAGGCACUGGAGGUCCUAUACAGCCAUGUGAAAGACAAGUCAAAGCUGCAUGACCACACGGCUGUCAGUGGAUAUGAAGAAACCGCAGAUGGUGUCAUCGUCACCACUGAGGACGGCAAACAGCACCACGGCCACAUUCUUAUAGGCGCAGAUGGAAUUCACAGCAAAGUGAGAAAGCUGAUGGCCGACAAGAUCAGCGCAACAGAUGCACCUCUCGCUAAAGAGAUCAACGAGGCUUUCACAAGCGAGUACAAUUGCAUCUUUGCUGUUUCUCGAAACGACCCAGAGAAACAGUUCUUGCCAGAUGCCAUGGUUCACAACGUGUACUACCACAAACACUCUGCAGUUGCCGCCUCUGGUGUGCAUGGGCUUGUGUUCUGGUUCCUUUUCGUGAAGGCCGCCCAAGUCACCAGAACUCCUAAUUGCCCGCGCUUCACGGAUGAAGAUGCAGAGAAAACGAUUGAGAAGUACGGAAGCUCUCAGGUAGGCCCUGGCUACACUGUCAAGGACCUUUGGGACGCUCGAGUCAAAGGCACAAUGGUGCCCCUUGAAGAAGGUGUCAUCAAAAAAUGGAGUCACAAUCGGGUUGUUCUGAUGGGUGACUCGGUUUCUAAGGCUACCAUCAACCCCGGAUUGGGUGGCAACUUGGCUUAUGAAGGAAUUGCCCGUUUGACCAAUGGACUCGUACCCUUGCUAAGGGAGAGCCCUAUACCAUCCCUUGAACAACUGACCGGUGUUUUUGAUCAGUACUUUGCCGGUCAGAAACCUCGAUCAGACACCGUCGUUGAUAUCUCGGGCCAGAUCACGCGCUAUGAAGCGCAGGAUAGCUGGGUUCUCAAAUUUGCAGCCCGUCACGUUGUCCCCUGGGUCAGUGACAAGCUCAAGGCCAAACUGUAUGCCAGUUUCUCAAGAGGUGGGCCUCAUUUGGAAUACCUGCCGUUGCCUGCGAUUGAUGCGGAUGUUGCGGAAUCUACAUGA